GCUUUCUUUGCCUCAUUUGCUUUUUGAGCUUCCGCAAAGCAAAAUCGAUUCAUUCAUUCUCCAUAAUCGCCGCCUUAUCUAUUCAAUUCUUCAAUCCAAGAAAAAAGGAAAUUUUAAAACAAAGGUUUGAACUUUGAAGGUUUCUGGUGACUGCUAGAAUACCAAUCAUGAGUCAACCUAAAAUUAAGCGUCGUGUUGGUAAAUAUGAAGUAGGGAGAACAAUUGGUGAGGGCACAUUUGCAAAGGUUAAGUUUGCAAGGAACUCUGAGACUGGGGAACCUGUGGCACUUAAGAUCCUUGAUAAAGAGAAGGUUCUUAGGCACAAGAUGGCUGAUUUGAUCAAGCGGGAAAUAGCGACAAUGAAGCUGAUAAAGCAUCCAAAUGUUGUUCGACUACAUGAGGUGAUGGGAAGCAAAACGAAGAUAUUCAUAGUCAUGGAGUUUGUUACUGGAGGAGAGCUGUUUGAUAAAAUUGUAAACCAUGGACGGAUGAGAGAGGAUGAAGCACGGAGAUAUUUCCACCAGCUCAUUAAUGCUGUUGAUUAUUGUCACAGCAGGGGCGUCUUCCACAGAGAUCUGAAGCCUGAGAAUCUGCUGCUGGAUGCAUGUGGCAACCUUAAAAUUUCAGAUUUUGGAUUAAGUGCGCUAUCCCAGCAAGUCAGGGAUGAUGGCCUCCUUCACACCACAUGCGGAACUCCAAAUUAUGUGGCACCUGAGGUCCUUAACGACAGAGGAUAUGAUGGGGCAACUGCAGAUCUCUGGUCAUGUGGCGUGAUACUCUUUGUAUUGCUUGCAGGGUACUUGCCUUUUGAUGAUUCUAAUCUUUUGAACCUGUAUAAAAAAAUUUCAGCUGCUGAGUUUACUUAUCCUCCUUGGCUUUCUUUUGGUGCCAUGAAACUGAUAACUCGAAUCUUGGAUCCAAACCCUAUGACCCGCGUUACCAUACCUGAAAUUUUGGAAGAUGAAUGGUUUAAGAAAGGUUACAAGCCCCCUGUGUUUCAUGAGAAAGAAGAUACAAACUUGGAUGAUGUGGAAGCUGUUUUUAAGGAUUCAGAGGAGCACCACGUGACAGAAAAGAAAGAAGUACAGCCAGCACCAAUGAAUGCAUUCGAGUUAAUUUCUAUGUCAAGAGGGUUAAACCUCGGGAAUUUGUUCGAUGCAGAACAGGAAUUCAAGAGGGAAACAAGGUUCACAUCUAAAUGCCCUGCUAAUGAGAUUAUCCACAAGAUUGAGGAAGCCGCAAAACCUCUUGGCUUUGAUGUACACAAGAAAAAUUACAAGUUGAGGCUCGAGAAUUCGAAAGCUGGGAGAAAAGGAAACCUAAAUGUGGCCACAGAGAUUUUUCAAGUGGCACCCUCACUGCAUAUGGUAGAGGUGCGGAAAGCAAAAGGAGACACUUUGGAGUUCCAUAAGUUCUAUAAAAACCUCUCAACCUCUCUUGAAGACGUUGUUUGGAAAACUGAGGAGGACAUGCAACAAAUAAAGUAAAUAUGCGAGGCUGUUUUCAGGUGUAACAAAAAUUUUCAUGCUACCCGUUUUAUCUCUGCGAAAUGUUGCAUAGUUUUCUUAUAUCUUCAUUCUUUUUAUCCAAUCCUUUUUUUUUUUUUUUUUAAUUUCUAGGUUUUGGGAUUGUUUUCUGUUUUUGUUUCUCUUCCUUACUCCAUCUGUAGGAUCAAGAUAGGCUGGCUUCUUUUCCUGUAUUAUUAUUGUUGGAAAGCAUGGUUGGAUAGCAUGGUUGGAUAGCAUAGAAUAAACUUGUCUGCACGGCCAAAUAGAAAAGAAUGAACUUGUUAGGUCGACUCAACUAGCCAACCCUACUCCAACGACCAAUUUAUUCACUUA